CGCAGGCAUCAGUAGUUCACAAGCCGCGCCGAGCGACGCGCGCUCCGAUCACCGAUCGGCUCUACUCCACGAUCCACGCCGCUGUCGAUACGAUUUACAUCUCGAACACUUUUAUUAAAAAAAUCAGACGAUCGACAAUAUUCUUGUUUUUAAUAUUUCAGUCAAAAUCGGAAGAAUUAAAUUUUUCAUUUUCGAACACGUGUUAUUCAUAGUUGGCGCGAACUAUACCCGGUGUCGCGACUCCACGUUUUUCACUAUAGUGAAUAAAUUGCCGGCUGCCGGCUUCGCGAAAAAUUUUACUUUCACCGGCAAAUACCGUCUACGUCUAAUCUGCAGAAGCUGCAAGACUGGCACGCGCCAAUCCUAAAUGGACUUUUAAGUUAGGUUAUAAUGACAGUCCAUCAGUUCCGAAGAGGCGUUAACACAUCCAACUACAAACACAAGAUGUAAAUAAACUCGCGGAACUUCUAGUGCCAGUGUUUAGUGACGUUGAUAAAAAAAACACGUGAACUCAUAAUGUGUGGUAGUCAGGUGCUUAGGACAAUGGAGAGGUGUUCGAUUUUCAAACUGUUGCUUUUCCAAAUCAUAGUGGCGUGGAGUAACGCGAAGCAUGUCACAGACGCGUUCGCUGUGGAGUACCCAGCGGGUGCCGUGGACAGGGAAGUCCAGGAUAGCAUAAGAAACCUUAUACAUACCGGUAUCUACUCUCACCGACAUAUGGACCCAUCGCAAGUGCAAGUGGUGACCCCUGUGAAGGUGACCCGAGAGGGGGCGCUAGUGUCCCAUGCCGUUGAGCACGCGCACGAGCACGGGCACGCGCGGGCACGACGAGACCUGCACGCGAGGGAACACGAGCUACAGCACUCCGUACAUUACAACCUUACCAUAGACGGCAAGGAACUUAGGCUGGAUCUGCGGCCGUCGGUGACGUUCAUAACGCCCGCCAUGUUCGUGGAGCGCCACACCGCGAGCGGCCGCACGCGGGAAGCACCCAACCUUGCCGCCACCGCGUGCCAUUUUACCGGCUCCAUCCGGGGCCAGCCCGCCUCAAACAUCGCCCUCUCUGCCUGUGAUGGACUUGCGGGUCAUUUACGCACUGAAUUUGGUGAAUACUGGAUUGAACCGUCAAAUCAAAUAUCGGAUGACAAUUCCGUCGGCAGACCGCACGUCGUGUUCAAGAGAUCAGCCGUGGAUAAAGUUCAGGCGUAUCACAGAGCAAAAAGAGAUAUUCACAAUAAACCUAACCCUAACCCCCAAUACAAUAGGCCUAAUUAUAACAGAAAUACACCUAACUUGCGACAAAAUAUUAAUACAAGGAGGAAUGUUCAAAGCAGAGAAUCAAUGGAACGACGGCGGAACAAUUUUAUGAGAAUAGAAGCGAGACGGCGGCGACUAGAGGAAUUACGAAAAAAUCCGACCGCGUACAGAAUACAUCAUGACAAACUACCGUUGGAACAAAGAAGAAUGCACUCCGCUUCUAGGAGUCAAUCGAGAGAAACAUCAGAACAGACAUCAGCAGGGCGAGGUAGAAGUCGACCAAGAUUAAGUAACGAAGAAAGAAUACGAAGAAGAAAUAGACGAAGAAAACAUAAGAGAUCGAAAAAUUGUGCGACGAGGCAACCGCCUUAUCAAUGGCGGAAAGAGAACUACAGUAAAUAUCAUCAACAUCCGAACCACACCAGCGUAGCAGGGGAGUCCAGACGAGCCACUCGCUCGGUCAGCAAGCCACGCCACGUCGAGGUGUUGCUGGUAGCAGACCAGUCCAUGACAGAGUUCCACGAGAAAGAGAAGUUGGAAGGGUACCUUCUCACAAUUAUGAACAUGGUAUCCUCACUGUAUAUGGACUCGUCAAUAGGCAACUACAUCAAAGUAGUUGUCGUGAAAAUCAUACUCAUAGAAGAAACUCGUUCGAAGCCCGCUCUAGACGUUUCAUCGGACGCCGACGAGACUUUGAGGAACUUCUGUCGCUGGCAACAGCAUCUUAACCCAGACGGUGAUGAGAACCCCAAUCACCAUGACGUCGCCAUUCUGAUCACCAGGCAGGAUAUCUGCAGCCAGCAUGACGCUCCUUGUAGCACCCUGGGAGUGGCUCACGUGGCCGGGAUGUGCAAGCCUGACCGCAGCUGCUCUGUCAACGAGGACAACGGCAUCAUGUUAGCGCACACCAUCACGCAUGAGCUGGGACACAACUUUGGUCUGUACCAUGACACGGAAAAGAUCGGCUGCCACCGUCGGGAAGGCACGACUCUGCACAUCAUGACGCCUAUCUUCGAAGCUGACACGCGGCAGGUCGCCUGGUCCCGCUGCAGCAAACGGGAUGUCACCAACUUCCUAGACGCCGGUCUAGGGGAAUGUUUGAGUGAUAAACCAUCACAAGAGGAGUAUUAUCAGUACCCGGAGGACCCAGCAGGUGUGAUAUUCGAUGCAGCAACGCAAUGUCUCCUGCAGUUCGGCUCCGAGGCGGUGGUUUGUGCCAAGCCUGCUGAACUGUGUGAGCAUCUGUGGUGCCUAGUGAAUGACACCUGCAAGACCAUGCUGCGGCCAGCCGCACCAGGAACCACUUGUGGGCCAGAUAUGUGGUGUCAAAACCAGACGUGCGUGCCUAGAACUCCUUCGCCCGCCCCCCGCGAUGGCGGCUGGGGCGAGUGGAGCGAAUGGAGCGAAUGUUCGAGAACAUGCGGCGCCGGCGUCUCCACGCAGUCCCGACAGUGUAACAACCCCGAGCCGAUCAACAACGGGGCUUAUUGCAUUGGUGAUAGAAGUCGGUACAGAAUUUGCAACACAGAUCCUUGUCCUAUCAACGAGCCAUCAUUCAGAGAGUAUCAGUGUUCUAAGUACAACAACCUAACUUAUAAAAACGUCACCGUCACAGAGUGGAUACCAUACUUUGAUCAAGAUAAACCGUGCGAGCUAAAAUGCGUGCCGCGCGAGGAGAACGAAUUGUUUGAUGAUCCAAUGUCGGAAGGAUUUGCAGCUGACGGCACGCCUUGUCGACAGAACCCGGGUGCUAGAGACAUGUGCAUUUCUGGUGUCUGCUACAAAGUAGGUUGUGACUGGAAAGUGGACUCUGAUCUCGAGGACGACGUCUGUGGAGUAUGCGGAGGGAACGGCACUAAAUGCAAAACUGUGCAAGGCAUCUACAACAAGGGAACCACGAGACAUGCCGGAUUGAGCGAAGUAGCCGUAAUACCAGCAGGCUCAAGAAACGUGAAAAUUGAAGAAAAAGUCAGUCCUGGCAAUUACAUUUCUAUUGGCAGUGCGACUUCAAGAAAGCUGUAUUUAACAGGAGCAAGAAAUGCCACGCUGACUGAAUAUUUUGUGGCUGGAUCACAAGCAAUAUACGAACGAGAUCGUGAUUGGGAGAAAGUUCGCAUACAAGGGCCUAUUAGGGAAGACAUCAAAGUUUAUCAAAGAAUCUGCCGCGGCAAGCACCGAAACCCCGGAGUGACGUAUCAGUACACCGUGGACCGGCAGCGGCAGUACCGGUACCGCCUCACGGAGUGGUCGCCCUGCAGCGCCUCGUGCGGCGUCGGCUACAUGAGCAGGCACUACGAGUGCGUGGACCAGGACAGCCAUCCGACUGAGCAAUCGAAUUGCUACAACAGAGAGCCUCCACGGAACGAAGCUCUCAUGCAACAGUGCAGGCGACCGGCUUGCCCUACCCCCCAAUCUUCUCAAAUUCCUGACACCCCAACAGCCUCCGCUUUAUAUUCCCAUCCGCCCCUUUCUCAUCCCCAUUCACAAGCCCUCCAAGUCGUAUCAGGACAAUACCCCCGCCGGAUCCCCACGCGAUCAUAUCCUCAGUCCCAGACGCAAAGCCCUGAAGCAUUCCACUCUCACCAGUUGCGAGGCCGGCCCCACCCGAGGGAACAUUCCAGAGACCAUUCGCAGAGACCUCGGUACGACUGGCUUGUGUACUUGUGGAAACCGUGUCCUAAGGCCUGCCAUAUGCCUGGCGAAGAUGUAAUAAAACAUCGCGCUGUAUACUGCGUCGACAAAGUGGCUAACAGCGUGGUGACCGAAUCGUAUUGCGACCAGGCUUCGAGACCCAGCAGCACAACAAAAUGUCGAAAUAUUCCACCGUGCUAAAUUCGAAUGAACAAUAAUUUUCAAGGAAUUGAACACUUUUCUACUAACGGAAACGAAUGAGAAACUCAAAGGAAGUUCGUAUUGGUAAAACAAUGAAAAUUUCAAAGGAAUAAACGAGUAACGUCGAAAACAUUGUAAAUAUUGAUUGAAUGUUAGAGCGAUUUUUUUAUUCUUUGAGAAGUGGAGGUAAAAAGAUAAAAUGUAUCUAAUUAUUGGAACUUAGCUGAAGUUAAGCGCUAGAAAAGGUCUUGUUGUUCUCUUGUUAUUUCACUUACUCGCUUUGAAUGAUUUUUCUGGAAUAGAAAAACAUCUUAAACUUUUGAAAAGGGAACAAUUAAACAUUUUUUUUUGCACUUAUCAUAACUUCAGCCAGUUCUUAAGAGUUCGAUAAUGUGUACUUAGUUACUUUUAUCGAAUAUUUCUGUAUAUAGAAGCUUAAUAACGACACAGUAGUGUGCUUUAUUAAUUAUUUUUUACCGAAGUUGUAGCGUGAGACUAUAGAAUCCAGUGGUUUGUGUUUGUUACGUUAUUAAGAUAUAUCCCAACGAAUAGACAUUAAUGUCUAAGUAUACUGACUGGCUUCGGUAUAUCUUUUUUACUCGAAUAGAACUUUUAUUUGCGACGAACGCAAAUCUUUGCUUACCACAUACUGCCAUAUUAAAAUUAAGUUAAUUUUAAUGUAGUCUUCGCUUAGCAAUAACCGCUAUUACAUACUUAAUACGUAAUAUUUAAUAACAUUGUAUAACGUCAGUAUUAUAACGAUGUAUGUAUUUUUCUUUGACAAAUUAAUAUGAAAGUGUUAUGUACUGUAGAUUAUAAUUAAAAAAAAAUUGGACCAAAAAAUAUAUUAGAAUUCAAUUUAUGCUGCCAUACUUGUGGAUUAUCUCCUUACUGCCAAUAUAUUUGUAUUUUAUUACGUAAAUUUAAAAUAGAACUUAAUUGGAACUUAUUUUUUCUAUCAUAGAUUUAUUUCAAUAACAUUUAGGUACUUGCACAAUAUAUUCAUAACUGCAAAGAAAUGCCUAGUCAAAAUCAUUAUGGAUCACCAGUAAUUUGAAGCGACUGUAGUUUAUUUAUAUUUUGGGACCGCGUGUGUGGAGCUGGGCCAAUAUUAUUAUUUAUUAAGCAGUAAACUAGUCUUUUCGCUCCUGUAGCACCGGUAUGCGGUGAAAACGGUACGGUCGAUUUUAGUAAAUUUAUUGUGUACAUGACCUAUACCAAGAGUCAGAGGAAAAUUACAAUAAAUCUAAGAAGUCUACUCGUCUGACUUGUCAUUUAUUGUAGGCCUUAUCAUCAUAAUAUAGUAGGGGAUAUUAUGAUAUGAUUAGAUAUAUUUAAACGCAUAAUUUAAAUAUUCUAUGUAUAUUAUUUAGAAAUAGGUAGUUUAGGUCAUGUAAAAUACAAAUGUAAAGAAAUAUGACCAAUGAAAAAAUUUUACGGUAUGACAGAAUUUAUACUUCGAAUUAGAUCAAAAAAUUCAGUUAUUACAAUCUCAAAAUUAUUGAACAAAAUAUACACCCUCUUCAUUGGUCAGCAAGCAUUUCUUAAGAUCUGCCUAUUCAUAAUAAUUUAUACACAAUUUAUAUUUUUAAUAGCUUUAACCGUUUUCACGCCAUGGAUUUAUAAAGAAAAAACCGGGUCGCUACAAGCCGCGACCUAAAAUGUUGUUUUAUGUAAACUAGACAUUUUUAGGUCUACUAGUGAUGAGAACAAGAAGAUAUUGACAAUUUUAUAAAUAUUUUAAGUUUAUUUGUUUUUAUUUAAGUGAUUAAUGACAUCCUUUAAACCAUCGUAUUAUUGCAUAUACUUCGUCUUAUUAAUUCGAAAAUAAACAUAAAAUGUUUGAACACAUUUAACCAUGCUGCCUAUAUUAUAAUUUCUUCAUCUAGUAAUAGAAAAAUCUGGAAAUCUUAAAUUGUUUUAUCCAAAUUUUAGCCUAAUAUACCUACUUAUUAGUACGUGGCGACGAGGUUACAACUUGCUUUGUCGCAUACGAAUAUAUGAGCCUAUGGCGUUGAAAGGGUUAAGUAAUUAAAAUAAUUUAUUUAUGGCAUCUGAUACACGCGAAACAAUAUUUCGUUUUGUUAGAAUUGCUGUAUUAUUUGUAAAAUACACACAUCGUCAUGUAAUUAUAAUAUAAUACAUACCAGUAUCGAUCAUCAAUAUAUAUUAGGUACAUUGAUGUUUUAAUUUUAAUUGUGUAUGAAAUUAUGUAUUAAAAUAAAAAUGUACAUUUUUUUAA